GCUUCAUUCUACCUCUUAUAAUCUGUGUGGACAGCCUGUUUUGCAACUGGUCUGAGGAGAGCUCUUGGUAAAAAGAAUUUCCAAAUGGCAUCACAGACACCAGACAGCCAAAUCAGAAAGAAUGCUAAUUAUGGCACCAACAAUUCAUCAGACCUAAAUCAUCUUAAUGAAGAGAAAGAUCAAACCUACCUGGAUGAGAGAAUUUCCAUUCCAGAUAUUCCUGGACAUGGCUUCAGUUUUAGGAAGCUCUGGGCUUUCACUGGACCUGGAUUCCUCAUGAGCAUUGCCUAUCUGGAUCCAGGAAAUAUUGAGUCAGACCUGCAAUGUGGAGCUAUUGCUGGCUUUCAGCUGCUCUGGGUCCUACUUUGGGCCACAAUCCUGGGGUUGCUCUGCCAAAGACUGGCCAUUCGGCUUGGGGUAGUUACAGGCAAGGACUUGGGAGAGAUAUGCCAUUACUAUUAUCCCAAGGUUCCACGUAUUUUGCUCUGGAUCAUGAUAGAAAUUGCCAUAAUUGGCUCUGACAUGCAGGAAGUGAUUGGGACAGCGAUUGCCUUCAACCUUCUGUCCUCUGGACGUAUCCCUUUGUGGGGUGGAGUAUUGAUCACCAUUGUGGACACUUUCUUCUUCCUGUUCUUGGAUAAAUAUGGUCUCAGGAAACUGGAAGCCUUUUUUGGUCUCCUCAUAACAAUCAUGGCAGUGACAUUUGGCUACGAGUAUGUGGUAGUGAAGCCCAGCCAGAAAGAGGUGGUGAAGGGGAUAUUCUUUCCCUACUGCAAGGACUGUGGGCACAAGGAGCUUCUGCAAGCCGUGGGUAUUGUUGGAGCCAUCAUCAUGCCCCAUAACAUCUACUUGCACUCUUCUCUUGUCAAGACCCGAGAAAUUGAUCGCACUGAUGGGCGGGCAGUGAAAGAGGCCAACAAGUACUUCCUGAUUGAGUCCACUAUUGCGCUCUUCAUCUCCUUUCUCAUAAACCUCUUUGUCAUGGCUGUGUUUGGAGAAGCCUUCUACCAUGAAACCAACCAGCAAGUGCAUGAUGUUUGUGCCAACCACUCCAGUCCUUAUGCCAACACCUUUCCUAUGGAUAACCAAACAGUCUCUGUGGACAUAUUCCAAGGGGGGGUUAUUCUGGGAUGCUACUUUGGGUCCAUUGCUCUCUACAUUUGGGCCAUUGGGAUCCUUGCAGCUGGUCAGAGUUCUACAAUGACUGGGACUUAUGCAGGGCAGUUUGUUAUGGAGGGCUUCUUGAAGCUACGCUGGUCCCGUUUUGCUCGGGUUGUCUUCACUCGCUCCGUUGCCAUCCUUCCCACUGUUUUUGUCGCUGCUUUCAAGGGUGUAUCAAACCUGACAAGCCUGAAUGACUUUCUCAACGCACUGCAGAGCAUCCUUCUACCUUUUGCUGUCAUACCUGUUCUCACAUUCACCAGCAUGCAACCCCUCAUGCAGGACUUCACCAAUGGCAUCAUAGGGAAGAUUGUGAUGAUCCUGAUCACUGGACUGGUUUGUGCAAUCAACCUGUACUUUGUGGUGACAACUAUAAUGGAUCUGGCAAAUGUGACAUUCUACGUUCUCACUGGGUUGGCGCUAGUUGCAUAUGUGGUCUUUGUCUUCUACCUGAUCUGGACAUGCCUCAUCUCACAUGGAGCCACCUUCCUGGCUCGAGGUCCUCACACUCGAUUCACUUAUGGCCUGCAGUGAUAGCAAAUUCCCAGAAACAGCUGGAUCUCCCUGCCACAACUGGAACCCGCUGCUCUUCUAGACCGCUGUCUAGGCAAAGCAGCAGAAGAUCUCCACUGCCAUUGGUAGCUGGAGCUCAGUGGCAGAGCUCAGGGACAGCUUUUGGCUACCUUCAGUUAAAGAAUUCUCAUGCUCUGAAGAACUGCAACGAAUCACAAAGAUGACUCUGGACUAGAUGGUCCAUUUUUCUGAUUCAGUAUAAAAUGGCUCCCUGUGAAAAGGGAGAGGAGUCUGCUAGUUGCUCAUCUAUAUCAUGUUCUGGGAGAAGGACACAAUAUACAAAAUGUUUUUUUCAAAAGGCACUUGAGUCUAAAGGAUAUGAACUCAGGUCACUCUAUGCGCAGUUUUGUGCGUACUGCUGUGGUUGGUUUGGAAGUUCUCUCUGUUUUUAGAGGGAAGAGGGUCUAGCACACUCUGCCAUAAUUUCUGCCAUUAUGUAUAGCUUCUGGUCUCUCAUUUGUGGCAGAAUAGUGGACAUAGCCCUCUUUGAAGAAACUAACCUUGUGCUGGUUUUGCCCAAAUUUGAGUUUGCACACGGACCCUUUAAGUGUCCUGGAGACAUUUGUAUAACAGCUACAACUCUGCAGCUACAACAGAUUGGUCAACUAAUGGAAUUAAAUACAGAGAUCUCAACAAAGGACAUUAAGUUAACUUAUGGGGGUAGCCUUUGCCCCCCAGUGUCACACCAAAGACAGAACUGUGCAUGACAUAAGACUCAUGGCUGUCACCAAAGAAAUCAACUAAAUCCCAUCAGAUCUUGGCCUGAUCCCAUCAGAUCUUGGACACUAAGCCGUGUAAGCCCUGGUUAUUUGAAUGGGAGACCACCAUGAAAUACCAGAAUCAAUACACAGAGGCAGGUGGCAAACCACCUCUGAACAUCUCUUGCCAUCAAAAUCUUACAGGGCCACCAUAUGAAUUGAUUGGGGGGAGGGGAAGUAACUAAAGGCUAUUCGGACUACUGUGCCUUUAAUGAGAGAAUUUUGGACAAUGCAGCUUCUGCUGCAGGGAUAAGAAGUUAAAUUUGCUAUGCCUUAGUGCACAAUUUUAUGGUUAUGAUAUUUGUACUGAACAGAUUUUAUUGUUAGCCACCCUGACCUUGUGCUGGGACAGGGAGGGGUAUCAAAUUGAAUAAAAUACAAACAAAAAACA